AUGCUGCCGCGCCGCCCCUCGACCCCGCUAUCGCCCCCCUCCACAAGCGUGGCGAGGGCGGCGGCGGCGCUGCGCGCCUUAGCGCACGUUGGCGGGGACGUGCUCGAGACGCCGAACUUGGUGUGGUCGCUCGGCGUCUGCCUCUUUGGGCUGGUGGCGGGCUUCUUCCCCGUCGAACGAGCCAAGGCGGACGACCGCCGCUUCGAGGAGCUGACUCGCUCGCAGGUGGGGGAGAGGCGGUCGGCGUGCGAUGUCAUCUACGGGCUCUACGGGGGCGGCGUGGAGCUCGCCUUCCCUCACACCCUCACACCGCGCACGGUGGUGCCGGGGCGGCGCAGCUCGAUGGAGCAGGUCGAGGGUAGCAGCUGGUGGGGGCACGGCAAGCCUCACGGGCCAGGUCAAGGGCAGCCUCCCGCUCUGCGCGGCAUCGAGGAGCGAUCCGAGGGGAACAGCAGCAAGGAUAGCAGCGCCAAGGGGAGCCGGCAGGGCAGCAGGCUGGACAGCGGAGCCCGCCCCGCGCCGCUCCGCGUGUCGGGCUCCUCGCUCGACGGCGUCAACGAGGGAAGCGCGGGCGGAGGGGGCUGCUCCUCGCAGCCCGGCCGCAGCAGCGCGGCCGGGUCGAGAGUCUCCCAUGGAGUCUCCCCGGCCAUGGCCGCGCUCGCGCAGCGGGGGACGACCAACUCUCUCUCCUCGGAGGAGAGAGGCGAGAUCAAGUCAGAGAUCAAGUCAGAGAUCAAGUCAGAGAUCCAGUCGCUGUCGACGUCCGGACUCAUGCAGGUGGAGACGGAGCGCCUCAAGCGCGAGAUCCGUCACUCCUUGGCCGCCUCGAGCGCAGCUUCGGAAGCCCGCACCAGCGAGGCGCACUCGCCCAAAGAGUUGCACUCCUCACUCUCCUUGCAAGGAGGGCCGCCGCCGCCUGCCCGCGCCGCCAGCAAGACGCCGCAGCGACCGGCGGUGCGCGGGCUGCCCGGCACGUCCCGCGAGGGAGCUCGCCUCGCCGCAGCCGACUACGGCGACGUCGAGGGGCUCUGCUCGCCCUGCAGCGAGAUCAGCGUCGUGCCUCCGUCCUCCGUCUCCGCGCUCUCAGUCGGGACGGUGUCGCCCGCACCGUCGCUGAGCGGCUUUUCGCCCCCGCACAGCCGAGAGGCGUCGGCGAACCCGCUGGCGUCGGGCAGCAUAUCCAGGGACGCAUCGCUCGGCCGCUCACAGCGGGCGCUGCGCCAGCCGCCGCCGGACCGGGCCAUCCAGGGCCUUAUCCAGUCGACGGCGAAGGCUUCCCUGUUCCGCACGCCGUCGAAAUCGGCGAGGUGAGGCGCUUUCAUGUGGCCUCAUCAUGUGUGUGUCUGUUAUCGUGGUGGUUUGGUUCGCGAUUUGGUGUGUUGCUGACUGUGAACCGAGUCCGAGAAACAAGUGUGCUCUGAUGUGUGCGGCGCACAGAUGAGUUUUUCAGUACGUGUCAGUAAAGUAUAGCUACGUGUA